UUAUCGUUUAAUGUUUUAAAGAGCAAGCGGCACGUUUUUAUAGUUCGUAGGCGUUUAUUUUCGUAAGAUAUUGUCAUAUUGUGAAACUUCGUUUGGCGACUCUUUGUUUGCAGUCUUCAACUCGCAACUGUCUUGUGUGUUUUUAAAUCUGAUAUUUAAAAAAAAAAAAAAAAUCUGAAAUGGCUAUUUCAUUUGAUUCUGAAUUUGAGUCGAUCCUUGCUCAAAGUCCUAUUUUUGAAGGACACGAGUCCCCAAACUCUGACGUCAUCAUUGACGAUGUACCAUUUUGUAAUUCCUUGCUGGAACCAGGUAACUUUUUACUUUCUGACAUUACACAGGGCAAGAGUGAAAAGAAGUCGCCAUUCCACGAAUCUGAUAGCGGAAUGUCGGAAGAUUUAGGCAGUCCGGGAAAUUCUGACGCCGAUUUGCUUGAUGAUGAGCCAUUUUUCCAAGGAGCAGAUCAGGACCUUUUAGAUUACUUUGGCGGAGGAAGUUCUAGUGAUGAAGAUGUUUCCGUGACUACCAAACUGAGGAGUCGUAUUCGGAACAAAGAAAAUGUCAACUUGAAUCAAAAUGUAGUGCAACUCAAGUCUGGACAUGUGGUGUGUAAUGGCAAAACUAAAACUGUACCCGUUAGAAAUGUGACACCCAUGUCAAGACCAAAGGAGCCAUCGUCUGUCGAAUUAAGCUUAAUAAACAACAACCCACAAUCGUCGAACAUCAAGUCUGUGAAGGUUGUAAAAGUGAUCACAACUUCUCCAACCACAGACAGUGCAACUGAAGCUUGUGAGGUGAUUAAAGCAUUGGAAGAUAGAAGCAGAAAAAAUGCCCAGCAAGCAAAACAAAAUCGGGAGAAGAAAAAGGCCUACGUGCAAGGGCUUGAAACCGAUAUCAAACGGCUUCAGACUGAAAAUAAUGAGCUAACAUCGAAAAAUAAAACUUUAACCAGUCGCACCACAGCUUUGGAAGAGGAGGUAGAAUAUUUGAAGAAUGUUCUUGCCAACGAAAGUUCGUUGUCAAAACUGCUGAAAAACAUUGACAGUGUGAAAGGCGUGAGGUUGAGUUCUUCGUUCCAGUCAAGGAAACGCAGUGCUGCCCUGGAUCAUUGUUAUGAUACAGAAUCACCAUCCAAACGACCUCGACCUUCAACAGCUGGCAUCUGUCUGCAUGUAGACAAAGAUGAUGUGUCUCUGGAAUUCUGUUCCCAUUGUUCACGGAUGGCCAAGUUAGAUGAAAACAAGUGAAAACGUUUUUUGUUUGCCAUGAACUUGGCGAUGUGCUAUAAAAUAAAAAAACCCAUCCCUAUCUCAUCAUUCUUUGAUGAAGAAGGUUAUCACGACACUCGUGUGACAACUCAGUGGGUCCAUUCAGAAAACAGAUCACCAUGGUGAUGUGCUACAUGAAACCUCACGUCAGAUUUUUGGACAACGAAAGUCGUCAUGACAUUACUGUGACAGCUCGAUGGGUCCAUGUUGAAAACUGAUGAACAUGAAAGAGGGAGAGAGAGAACUCCAUGAUGUUGAGGUUAUCGGGUCUUGAUGAUUUAUUGUAGAUCUAUAUCAUUGGGAUCAUUGGUUUGUUGUAACUCGUUGAACUGGGGCCUAAUUCACAAAGGUCUCUUAGGCUCUGCUAGAAAACAAAGCAUUGCAUUGCGAGAUUGCAAAGUUGUGAGAGAGUAGUGAAUUCGGCCCCUGGUAGACAAGUAAUUGAUCAUGUGGUGUCCUAAUGUAAAUUAGUAUGAAGUUGAUUUGUAUAUAUGCAUAGUUAAAGGUGGUUACGUAGUGCAUUAAAUGUCAGCGUUUAAUAUUGACAGGGUUACUAGAACCGCCUAUUAAGUACUUGACUGGUGUACGAAAUACACUUUUGCUAGUUUUGUAAUGUACAUGUAUUUGAAAAUUUACUCUAAUUUUGCAGUGGUGUUGAUGCAUGAACAUACUUGACAAGUUUCAAAACAAGGCUUGAAAUUGAGAGGGAGCAAGACAGAAGAGGCUACUGAUGCUCAAAAUACAGUUUUUAAAAUACAGAUUCAAAGCAGCUUUUACACAUCUGAUAAUUUAUCAAUACCUGUCAGUUUUUUGUUUUUGCUUCAAGAUUAAAUUUUGUAAAGUAAAGAUUGCUCCCAAUCAAUGAAAUGAAUUUUGAGCCUUGCAAAAACAAUUUUUAAUGCUUAAAUGCUCCAUUCAAAUUGGCAAAAACACAUUGGUUCAUUAUUACACCAAAAAACCCUGUCAGUUUCGUUCACUUCAAAAUUAAAUUUCUUAUCUAGAUGAAAUAAAACUUGUUGACUGUUAUGCAUUAAUUCCAAAGCAUAAUGCAUUGAGAUCAUUACUAAGCCAUUAAAAGUUUCUUUUUAGAUGACUGCUGGGCUUGAUGAGAGGAGAUUUGAGCAGUUCAUGUUGCCGUUCAGAUCGAGAUUCCAGAUUUUAAGAUUGAUUCGUUAAUGCUCGAGACUGGGAGAGGAGAUGCUUUUGUCGACACAUGAAUGCAUUGAAAAACUAAAACGCACACAUCAUUGUGCUGAGAAUUAUGGGUAAUGUGAGUCAGGUAAAAAAAAGGGUUCAGGUAAAAUGUGAUUGAUACAAAAAAAAUGUCUUAAAUUGAUUUGGUAUUUGAUUUGUAAUAGCUAACAUUGUGCAAGUAUAAAUGUAAAAAAAAUGAAAUUGUUAAAUACUGUUUUUGAAAACCCCACAAAAAAGUUUGAUCUACGAGUAAGAAAUUAGAAUUUAACAUGACCAUAUUUUUUUUUUUUCACAGUUCUGUCGUUUUGGGGAUAUUGCAUAAAUUAAUUGCUGCUCAAAGAAAUUUAUAUCAUUUUUGUCUUGGGGAAGAUUUUUUGAAGACUUGUCAGAAUUGGGAAUUUGUCGCUUUUAAAAAUAAAAUCUUUUUUUCAAAAGGGGAACAACUGUAGCAUGUAUUUAUGUGUAAUAAUGGUUAAGAUGAUAGUCCAGUAUGAAAUUAUAAUUUUUUUUAUGUUUUAUGUGGAAUUGUUUUGCAACUUCUGUAAAUAAAAUGUUUAUUGAAUUUCU